AUGAAUGGACCAGCUAUCCGACAUUGGUGUAUGCGCUUUGAAUCGAAGCAUCAGAUAUUUAAACGACUUGCUGUGAAGUCUAACAAUUUCAAAAAUAUUCUUUAUACACUAUCGAAACGCAAUCAAUUACAUCAAUGUCUUCUUUUAUCUUUUUCAAACUAUUAUACAAUUGUUAAUGAAGGUUAUUCAGUAUCUGAACGAGAUUUAUGCACAUUACCAAUUGAUAUUCGCGAAGAUAUUGAUGGUGAAACACUUUUUAAUUUACCACAAUCCAUGAUGUAUGAAAUAAUUAAACCUAUGAAAGAUCGUGUACGUUUUUUAACUGAACAUCGUAAUUUAUUUGAUGGUGCAAGUAGAAAUGAUUCUGAUCAAUCAAAAUGUGAAAAAUAUAGUCAUAUUUCAUUAGAUGAUUCUCAACAAUUACUUGACAAACAUAAUUUUAAUCAAAUCACAACACAGUCCACAAUCAUGUUUUCAAGCAAUACUCAGGGUGGUGGUCCUGUAUUGGGUUCUACAACGACUUCAGAUAUUAUACAUGAGGAAAUAAUUAUAUCAUCAAAAGAAGAUGAAAAUAAAGAAAAUGAUGUGGAUGACGAAGAACCAACAUUGCCAUCUCCUUAUAUUAUACCAGAUUUACCAUUAAGAAUCCAACAAAUUAUUGAUAAAGGUGAAAUAGGUGAAUUCCGUAGUCAUACAAAUGCACGUCGACUUUUACUUGAUACAAUUUUUAAUGAUGUGACAACCAAAUAUUCGCUGUUGUAUCCUACUAGAGAUCAUUACAGAUUAAUGGGCAAAGCAAUACUAAAAAAAUUAAACACUGCUAAAGAUAACGAAGCAUUGAAUGAUUGGAUUGAAAGUCUUAAAACCAAAUUUAAGAGAGAACGUCGUCCGCUUCAACAAAUAUCUGUACAAGUACAGAAGAUGAAAGCGAAGUAUGGAAAUAGUGCUGGUCGUCCAAUCAAACGAAGUGAGAAUGUCAUUGCACCUCGUCGAAUAUCCCCGGUUCAAUUUUGCAAUACAAUAGAUAUUCAGGAUGAUCCGGAAGAUUUAAAUAAAAACAUCCAGGUUAUGAAGAACGAAUUGGUAGAUCGGAAUGUUGAUUCGGAUUUGGUUAGAAGUUCAUGGAAAAAAACAUUAGUUCAAAGAAGAAGUUUCAUUAGAGAUCAUACAACAAAAGAAGUUCUUGAAGAAUACCCAGGUUAUUGUUAUGCUUCAUUGAUUUUCGACGAGAUUCGAUAUGUGUGUAAUGUUGAUAUUGAAGAAAAUUUCAAAUUUAUGUUGCCUAAAUUACUUGAUAGCAUUCCAGAUAAUACGGGUUUUGUGAACGAUCUUCCAGCUGUACGUUUGAUUAAACUUUUAUCGAAGUAUUUUACUGAUUCAUGGCAACAAAUCAUAUCGAAUAAAGAACCAUUAUCGCCACGACCAGCUAUACAAAUAACAACAGAUCAGUUUAUUAUUUUUCUCGAUUAUGAAGUUAUUAGUGAAACAUCAUCAAUCGAUCAAGCUAUAUGUAUUGUUAUUUCAUUAUAUGUUAUAUUUGAAUUACAAUUUGGUAUACACAAUCGAAUUAUUCAAUUGUUAUAUGGUAUUCUAUUAAAACAAUCUGGAGCAUUAACAAAACCACUACGCAUUUUACUGAAUCAAUGGAGUUUUAUUAUUGAUAAAAAAGAAGAUAAAGAAGGUGGUGAUAUGGUGACAACGAACUCGACAAAUUUCAAAACUAUUACAGCUACAAUUGAAAGUGUGACACAAGUCGAAGAUAAUCAAACUGAUGAUUUACCAGAUAGUGAAGAACACGAAGAAAUAUAUGUCGAAAGUACAACAGGUAAUAGUCAAGAUCAAACAACAGCUACAAAUAUUGGUGAGAAGGAUCUGAUCAAUGAGUAUUCAUCAGAAUCAUCGGAUUCUUCUUCUUCAUCAUCACCAAUUGAUCCUCCACUUGUUAUUCACAUUUCACCAACAAAAGAACAACAAAGACAAAUAGCAUCUUCAUCAUCUUCGAAUGACAAUACAUUAUGUGAAGCAAAUAUCAAACAGCAAGUAUCAGCAACAUCAACUGAUCGAUCUUCAACUACUUCAAACAAAAAAACUUCUCAAGCAAAAAAACGUCCUGCUAGUUCCGAAGAACCAAUAGCAUUACGUGUAAAACGUACACGAGUUAAAAGACAAAUUAACCAGAAAUAUUUCUGUUCAGUUUUUUAUUUAUAUGAGUUGAUUCAAAGAAUAGUUCUAUAUGUUGAUCCAAAGAAGAAUUUUACAGAUAAGUUGAUACUUUAA